AUUUAUUCCCAUUAUUUUUUUACCUAUUAUCGCAAUCGUCCUGAGAUUUCUCUUCCCCUACAUUCCGUGUAGGCUUCGCUAGGUGUACCCUAACUGUAGACACCAUGCCUCCUCCAGGAGAAACCGAGGCUAUUAAUGUAUCUGGUGCUAUUCCAAUUAAGAAGAGGAGAUUUCCUAUGUUUCGGUUGCCAUCUCCCACUCCUGAAGAACAUUUUUCCUGCUCAGUUUCGAAGAACAAACAACAAUUCAAAACUGCAUCUGAAGAAAGGUUAUCUUCUGUUGUCUCGAGAAAUACAGUGUCCCCUUGCGAUUCUGAUGUGGGCAAGAUCUCUGGUUUAGUAGCUAAAAAAGAAUUCGGCCCGAGCAAUGUCUUUGCGGUCCAAGCUAAUGUGGAUGAUCUUUCAUCAAGGUUUCUUGAGGCGGAGCCCACUGUUGAUUUAAGCCGUCUCUCCGAUUUGGGAAAUAAAUUGAACAUCUUAUCUGCUGGAAAAGAGGGUGAAGUGAAGGGUUCUAAAGCUGCGAAUGUGAAGCAGGAAAUUUCUAGUGGUCAUAAAAUUGAAGGUGCCGGGGGACUCAAUCUCUCGAUGGGUUCGAUGUGUGUUGAAUUGUCAUUUGGACCGAAGGAGCCUGUUGUCCCUUCUUUGGAUAUCUGCAAUUUGUCUGAAAAAUCCAGUGAUGAGAAGCCUGUUCAGAUUGAUCACCUAGUCUGCACUAAUCGAUUAUUCUGGGAUCUAAACACAACCAUGGAUAAAUGGGAAGUCUAUGGGAAUAGCGAUGCACUAGCCGAUGAGCUUGCUUACAAUGGGGAAUUUGGUAAUACAGAUAGUUUUGAAGAUGAGAAGUCCUCCUUAACUACAACUGGGACUAUUAUUUGUGCAUCUGAUUCUGCUGAUCAGCAGUGCAAGAUUGAUAUCAAUCCCCUUUGUGUCACACAUGAUAUGCCGCAUAAGGAGCAAUUUUCGUUAUCCAAGAGCUUGAUCUCUAAAAAUGCUUGUCACAGUUUAGGUUUGCAACAGGUACAUGCAUUGGCUGUAGACAUCAACAGGCCCUUGAAAUCAGAACCCAUUGAUGAAAUUACCAAACUCGAUUGUAGCAACAGCAGCAGUAAUGCAGGAUUGCUGAACUUAGGUAACGUGAAAACAGAAUUUGCUGAUAAUCACAGUGUGGAACGCAUUCAUUUUAGCAACUCGGUGAAAUCUGUUGCUGUCCACGAGGGUGACCAAGAAGCAAUCAAGUCUGAAGAUGGUGAACUGCCUCAGUCUAUUUCAACGUGUACGCAGCAUGAAGAGAGUCCUGCAUCUUCUAAUUAUUCAGUUCCUUCUGUUAGAGUGACGUCGAUGCCUCAGAAUUCGUGUGGUUUAAUUUCGCCAGCUUGUUUGAAGUUAAAACCCAGUGUGGAUUUGUCAGCCCAUUCUGAACAUUCUCUUUGUGGUAAAAAAGAGUUACCUGUCAGCCCGGAUGACAAGCUAUUCUCAAGGCCACCUGAUAAAGGGGAUUCGAUUGCUGUGGAUCCCGAUAAGCACAAAUUAACUAGGGUGGAUGAGGGUACCAAUGAAUUCGAUGAUAAUAAUAAUUUCAACGUGUUAUCUGAAGCUUCUGAAGAGUGCGCUGAAUCUGGUUGUGGUACCCAAACAAAUAGCGCUAUAGAUAAUUCGUUGGAUAAAGGAGGAAUUGUACGUGAUAGGGAAGACGAAGAGUACGAGGAUGGUGAGGUUCGAGAGCCUUCAUGUUUGAAGAGUCCAUGCAAAACCAGUUCCAUUUCUAAACGAUUGCUGACUACUCGAAGUGGAAACGAAAGGUACACUGAUCUUGAUCAAGAGAUGCAACCACAGGGAAUAUAUGCGGAUGAAACAUACACUGGCAGUGGGUCAAGCAAAUACUCGAAAUUCAGGACCUUAGAUCAGCUACACAGGAACCCAAGGUCAAGUUUCGUUUGUGGGAGGGGUGGAAUAUCCCGCCGCUUGGUCUCUGAUAAUGACUUUGCAUCUGGGCCUCCUUAUGGCCCGUCUGAUUAUAGGCCCGUGAGACGGAAAAACUUCGGCGAUGUAUACCCUCGAAACACGAAUGGCAAAUUCAUGCGGCAUUCACCCCAUGACAUCAUGGAGCCUGUUGAUGACCUCGGCCCGCGAAACAGAACUUUCUCCACCAUGCAGAGAAAGGGCUAUAAACGAGCCCGCCAUAAAUCCCGUUCCCGCUCGCCCGGCCCAUGGGCCCUGCCUUAUUACAGGACGAGAAGAAGGAUGAGUUCCCCCGACCAAGAAUGGUCUGGAGAUGGGAUUGUCUACAGAAGGCGCAGGUCCCCGUCAUAUGGGCCUGUACGCCGCACUAACAGGAGAGUUUCACCCGAACGGGCCUUCUUGAGGAGCGGUAGGAGGGUCAAUGAUCGUGAUGAGUAUUUGAAUCGCCCGAGCACUAAAUUCCAAAGGAGGCGUGGGCCUAAUUGUCAGUUUCGGCAAGGUUAUAAUGGUGAUGGUGAAAAUUUUCGCUUUUUUCAGACAGAUGAUGGUUUUUUUUCGGAUUCGGAUGGUGAGUUUGUAGAGAAAGAGCUUGAUGGACGUGUGGAGCAUUGUCGGGGCUUGUCGAGGAGGAUUAGAAAUGUUGUGGAGCAGGAAGAUAAGGAUUACGGGCCAGUCGAGCGGGCCAAGCCCGAUGAUGGUGGUUUUGGUGAUGGUAGGGGUAAGAGGAGAUUCUGAGUUGCAGGGCCACAGCCCAAUUCUCAUACCAGUAUGCAUUAAGUUUGAGGAUUUUUUUUUAAAGUAGUUGAAGUUUUGAGUAACCAUAUCCGCGUUCGAGCUAUAUGAAGAAGUUUGAUUUUGGUAGUGUUUUCCAGUUGAAACUUACGAGGUUCGAAUUAGAUUUUUGCAGCAUAAUGGGAAAAGUUUGACUAAUUGCAUAAAACUGCCCUUUUGAACUGAAGCGGGGCUUCUUCGUGAUACUCUUGGUUUUCUUUUCGUGUUACUGUCGUAAAACUUGACGACAAUGUGGCAUCUGGAAAUCGAGGGGUUGACGAUUUUUACCUUGUGAGUUUUUCGUCUGUCUUCUCACAAGUGGUUUGUUUACAGCAAAUCUUGUGGAUAGCUCUCAGGUAAGCCCAUGAAUGGUUGAACUUUGAACUUUGGAUUUGUUCUAUACAGUAACAUCAUGAACAAGUGAACUAUUAUGAUUGCAUAUAGUUUUCAUUACACAAAAUACCCCUUCACAAGGAAAAUUGAUAUAUGACAAGACAAUAGAUUGGAAGGAAAAUAAAUUUCUUGAAAAUCAGCAAACUCCUUCAAAUUAGUGAAAUCUACAAAUAAACCUAUAAUCUGUAGCCACAUCAUGGCAGCUUGGGUUGAGUUCAUUAAAAUUGUGCUCAUAUGGACAAAUUCGAUUCUAUAGUCCUUUACAGGAUUAUUUUUUAAUCGCUGAUCACACAUAGUAAAACACAUAUCCAUAUGUGUGCGUGUUGAUCUGGUAAAAAAUCUCCCAAUAGAACGAAUGAAUUUGGGCUCGUAUGUCAUUUGGAAUUCGAGACUUUCUCUGUAGAUGUAAUCAGUCAAAUGCUUUCUAC